AAUUGCAUUGCACCUUCACCACCUCCCAUUUAUAUUCCCUUGCCUUGCAUUUUUCUCCCAGCAAUUUUCUUCCACUUUGUCUAACAAACACAUCCUCUCUUUUUUGUCUCUUCAUCACUUCUCUUCUCUCUUGAUUUGCACACGCACCCACAAAAAGGAAAAAAAAAUCAUGGGCAGAUCUCCUUGCUGUGAGAAAGAACACACCAACAAAGGUGCAUGGACUAAAGAAGAAGAUGAACGUCUUAUUAAUUAUAUCAAAGCUCAUGGUGAAGGUUGUUGGAGAUCUCUCCCUAAGGCUGCUGGCUUGCUUAGAUGUGGCAAGAGUUGUAGACUAAGGUGGAUAAACUACCUAAGGCCUGAUCUCAAGAGAGGAAACUUCAGUGAUGAAGAAGAUGAACUCAUCAUCAACCUUCACAGCUUACUUGGUAACAAGUGGUCUCUCAUUGCUGCUAGGCUACCAGGAAGAACUGACAAUGAGAUAAAGAAUUAUUGGAAUACUCAUAUCAAAAGGAAGCUUUUUAGCCGUGGAAUUGAUCCUCAAACUCACCGUCCACUCAAAUCCACCACCACCACCACCUCCUCCUCCACCACCACUAACAGCACCAACAAUAAAAAUAGCAAACUGGAUACCAAUAGGAGUACUGAUUUUCAACUAGAAGAACAAAACUAUUCGUUUCUUCAAGUGCAGCCUGAGUUUACGAUGAGCAACAUGACCAAAACGGAAAACAAUUCCAGUAUUAUCAAGGUAGGUGGCAGCAGUGACCCGGCUGAAGAUUCCAAUAGUAGCAGUGGAGUGACAACAGAACUAGAAGUGUAUCCAGAUCAUAAACUGGUCAGUCUUGAGCUCUCUAUUGGCCUUCCGUGUCAGUCUCUAGUCUCUUCUAUCAACAAUCUUAAGCAAGCAAAACAACAAGAACAAGAAGAAGUGGUCACACAUCAAUUGUUUGAGACAUCUACUACUCCUACUUCUAGUGCUCCUGUUUCUGUUCAUAAAGCAGCAUGUUUGUGUUACAAACUAGGGUUCAAGAACAGUCAAGCAUGUAGCAGUUGUAAUGCCAUGGAAAAAACAGUAACAGCUGAUAAUCUUCAUAGAUUUUACAGACCUUUGGAUGCUUGAUGCUGAUCAGAGUUCAGUUUGAUUAUGAAGCUAGAUCAUCACAUAUGUGUAAAGUGUGGAGACUCUGCAAACAUUAACUCCCAAAAGUUGUAAAAUUAUUCCAAAUUUCUAGAAAAAUAUUCCAUACUGAAUUUUGUCUCCA